AUGGCAUUUAAUCCAUUUUUGGCAAGGCCAGAAUUAGCUUUGCUACCACCUUAUCUGCAACCGCCACCAUUUCCAUCAUUACCUGGUCCAACGGGUUUUUUUCCUCGGUUACCAACUGAAAUAACCGAAUUUACUCCAUCAUUACCAUCAACAGGUACACGAAUUAUGGAUGAUGAUGGUAUAAUUGAUGAUCCAAAAGUGGAAUUGGAUGAUAAAAAUCUCUGGGAUCAAUUUUGUAAUUGUGGUACCGAAAUGGUUAUCACCAAAAGUGGAAGGCGGAUUUUUCCGGCUUUCAAAGUAAAACUUUCCGGUUUGGACAAACGUUCCAAAUAUAUUUUGUUAAUGGACAUUGUACCGGCUGAUGAAUGUCGCUACAAAUUUCACAAUUCUCGAUGGAUGGUAGCAGGUAAAGCAGAUCCAGAAAUGCCAAAACGUAUGUACAUACAUCCGGAUAGUCCGGCAACCGGUGAACAUUGGAUGACAAAGGGAGCAAAUUUUCAUAAAUUGAAAUUAACAAAUAAUAUCUCCGAUAAGCACGGCUUUACUAUUUUAAAUUCAAUGCAUAAAUAUCAACCGCGGUUACACGUUGUCCGGUGCGCAGAGCUUAUUAAUUUACCAUAUUCAACUUUUCGUACAUUUGUUUUCAAGGAGACCGAAUUCAUCGCAGUUACUGCUUAUCAAAAUGAAAAGGUAACGCAACUUAAAAUCGAUAAUAAUCCGUUUGCCAAAGGAUUCCGUGAUGCUGGUGCCGGAAAACGUGAGAAGAAACGGUUACUGAAUAGAACGGAAUGUAAUGCAGUCAUUACUGGUAUCUCGUCGAAAUCGGUGAUUUCCCUGAAUGAUGAUCCUGCAACAUCGGAAUCACCAGCUGCACGAGCUGGUAGCUCAAUGGAUUCAGAUCGUUCUGAUGACGAUGACUCAUCGCCACUUCCAAAACGAACUCGAAGUAGUCAAAGUACUACCGAUGAUUCAUUACAAAAUAAGAAUAAUCACCUAUCCCAGAAUCAUAACCUUCAACAACAUCUUCAAUUUCUACAAAAUCAUCGACUACUAACCAAAGAUGCUGCCAAUUUUCAAUUGUUUCAUCCGGGUUGUAUCGGAGGUGGUGGUGGUGGUGGCGGAGGAAGCGGAGGCGGCGGUCCGCCACCACCACCACCACCACCACCAUCUCAUUUUGCACCAUUCUUUCAACAUUACGGGUUUCAUCCCGCUACAGAAUUUUUCUUUCCUUCUGCUCCUUUUCCUCGUGAUUUUUUAAUGCAUCAAGCGGCAGCUGCUGCCGCUGCUGCGGCGCAAUUUUCUCCCUACCUACUUCGACCAUCUCUAACCGCUCCACCACCACUUCCUACUACACCUCAGACAAUUAAUCCAUCAACAGUUGUUACUCCUGCUUCCGUUACUGUAUCGCAAUCGCUACCACCGAUGAUUGCAACUACCGUUAUUCCGUCAAGCACUAAUGGUAUACCAUCAUGUCCAGUUUCUACAACAAGAAAAUCGGUAGUAGCUCCUAAAAAAGGAGGAUUCGAUGUAUCUGAUCUCCUUGCUUAA